AUGGAGCUGACUUUCUUAGUUAGUCGAGAUGGAACAAAUGUCAAAAGGGGACAUGCACGGCGUGCGUGUAACUCGUGUCGUCACAAAAAGAAACGCUGUUAUCACAACAUCUCCAAAGAGCAAUUAGCUGAUGGGUCUUCUUCACCCAACAUCUCUGGCCUCACAAGUAGCGAAAGUCCUGCAUCUCAGGUUUCAAGACGGGAUGCAGCAUUCCGAGAUAGAUCUGCAUCCCCAAGGCGUGAGCGGCCAAAUGGGUCUUCGCUUCAGGAUGUGGUGCAACAAGGGGUCAAAUUCAUUGCCGCUGAUGCAGGUCCAGCUGCAGAGGUCGAUCAAGAAUCUCGUCGUUUUGCGUGUGACUCACACCCUGUGGCGAGUCUCAUGGAACAGAACGAGUCAAGGUUGAAAGAGGGUCGAUCCCAUAAAGGGGACGUUGGUGCAUGGUUGGGUGCCGAGGAGAGUUCCAUUGACCAGAGCGGAACCCCUCACUCUUCACAGACGGCACUAGGGACCCAUGUUCACCCCGACGGGCUGCCCCCGAAAGACUGCGAAGAGGCCUUGGUAGACAUCUAUUUUCGUCGGAUACACCCAUUACUUCCUCUUUUUGACGAAGACAGUGUGCGAAACCAGCAUAGAGACGGUAAACUUCCUCUACGGCUUGUGCAAGUAAUUUGUCUUAUUGCAGCGAAGGACCAGGGCGCGAUGCCUUUCCUAUGCCUGGGUCCCAAUUCAAACCCCCUUCCACUGGAGAAAUUCAGCAACAUCCUCUACACUGAUGCCAUGCAAAACAUCUCGAGAAGAGCAGAGAAGAAAGAACUUGCAAUACAAAUUUUGGCCCUUCUCUCACUACACGAAUGGGGCUCCACUGGAUCCGAAGAUUGUUCUUUGAAUCUAGCCCAGGCUAUUCACAAUGCCCAGACCAUGGGGUUGCAUUUGCUGAGGCCAGAUCAACGCUCUGGUACAUCUUCCAGGGGUCUCUUCUGGAGUUUAUGGAGUCUAGACCGAUGGAACGCUGCUAUGAAUGGGAGACCUCUGAUGAUACACGACGGAGACUUGAGCCAGGGGGUGGACGACGUUGUUUCAACGUUUCAAUCGCCGUUUCGUGUCUGGCUUCGAAUUGCCGAUAAGCUCGGGGCAGUGAUUCACUUCUACCGACCGAUCAUGAAAGGCGUGGAUCAGAGUGAACUCGAUCUUCCCUCCUUUGAGGACAUUGUGGAGGACUGUGAGGCUUGGGGCAUGUCCCCAGACCUGCUUGGUAUGAAACGUUCCGUUCUCCAGUUGCAACAUUGUCUAACCCCCCGACCGACAGAGUCCCUCGAGCUUGUUUAUCAUUCGGUGAUUAUUCUGUCAACACAUUCUAGCGGAUUGCAAGGCCGAUCACAGCCACAAGCAUCAAAAAUUCGACAAAGUCAUUCCAUCCUUACAAUUGCGUCUCUCAGUUGCAACCAGAAUAUUCGGGAUUUUCUGCCGCUUCCCAUGAUCGGUUACACCAUCUCGCUCGUAUUCUCGGUCACGUAUAAACAGCUGAGAGAAAGCAAACUACCAAGUGCGCGCGACACAGCCAUUUCCCAAAUUCGUCUAUUUCACCGAUGUCUCAAGAAAAUGCGCACCACAUGGUGGUCAGCUGCUGUAAUGACUCGUCUAGGCCAGCGUGUGUUGAACAAUAUCCAAUCUACCAUAGACCAGGAACGUUCCACAGAUCCAGAAAUCAAUAUCACCCGACUAAACUCUCAGCAAGGAUCGAGCCAUGUAUCUUCACAGCCAGUUAUUUCCACUGAUAAUAUGCAGUCGCACUCGGCUAUCGAUAUUCCGCACGUGGCAAUACGGAUUAAUGCAGAUCAUCAGAGUACACACCCUCUGACUGAUGAUCUAUUAGGGUCAGAUAAGCCUUCGAAUUUUGAAGUAGACGGCACCCCAUUCUUAACAGCAGCUGAAAUUGAGGAUUUCGAUACCUUUUUUGGCAAUUUCCUUGAUGUCGGUUUUCCAAACUCCGCGAAUGAUCAAUUGUUACUAGAUCUGGACAUGUCCGACUUCGAAUUUGUUCAUCCCGAUCUGGCUUGA